CCAAGUAUCAAAUUCCACAGAGUUUUUACUUUUCUCUGCCCGAAUUCUCUCAACCAACCUCCUCCUCCUCUCCCGUUUCUCUUCUCCCACACCAGAAACGCACAUCUCACGAAACGGGAGGCCGCAAACGGAAACAUUUCUUCUCUUUUUCUGCUUCUGUUUUUCUAUUUUCCUCAAGAAAUAAGAAUAGAGGAUUCGCACUGACCUUUACCAUUAUCCCAUCGAAACGUUUCAAUUUUCCUCCUGCUGGGACAGAUUUUAGAUCGGCCAAUACAGCACAAAAGUCAAGGAAAUGGUUCUGAAUCUGAAAAUGAAAGAGGUCUAAAAGAAAAAAACCGAAAAGCUUUUAAGGAAGAAAAGAAAUGGCGAGGAGUAGCAGAUCGUCGUCUGCAAGCAGCAAAUGGAGGUACUGUCACCCGUCGUAUUACCUGAAGAGACCGAAACGCUUGGCUUUGCUCUUCAUUGGAUUCGUUUGUUGCAGUCUCAUCGUUUGGGAUCGCCAGACUAUGAUCAGAGAACACGAGCUAGAAGUUGUCAAGUUAAAUGAAGAAAUGAUCCGUUUGCAGAAUUUGUUGGAAGAGCUAGAUAAUACACAUGGUCAGGUUUCCAAGAAAGAGGUUGUUCCAGAUGAUCCAAUUGACAUUCAGCGAAGAGAGAAAGUUAAAGAAGCAAUGCUCCAUGCCUGGAGUUCAUAUGAGAAAUAUGCAUGGGGCCAAGAUGAACUUCAGCCACAGUCAAAGAGUGGUGUAAAUAGCUUUGGUGGUCUUGGAGCCACUCUAGUAGACUCACUUGAUACAUUAUACAUCAUGGGUCUUGAUGAGCAAUUCCAGAAAGCUAGAGAGUGGAUUGCAAAUUCAUUGGAUUUUAACAAGGAUUAUGAUGCUAGCGUUUUUGAGACAACCAUAAGAGUUGUAGGUGGACUUCUUAGUGCAUAUGAUCUUUCAAAAGACCAAGUCUUCCUCAAUAAGGCUAGAGACAUUGCAGAUAGAUUGCUGCCUGCAUGGGAUACACCUUCUGGGGUCCCUUAUAACAUAAUCAACUUGGCACAUGGAAGGGCACACAACCCUGGAUGGACCGGGGGCGAAAGUAUCCUGGCAGAUUCUGGGACAGAGCAGCUGGAGUUUAUUGCUCUAUCUCAAAGGACAGGAGAUCCGAAGUAUCAGCAGAAGGUGGAGAACGUUAUAGUACAGCUUAAUCAAUCUUUUCCUGCUGAUGGUUUGCUUCCUAUCUAUGUUAAUCCUCACAGAGGAACUUCGUCGUACUCAACUAUAACCUUUGGUGCUAUGGGCGAUAGCUUUUAUGAAUACUUACUCAAAGUCUGGAUACAGGGGAAUAGAACUUCAGCUGUGAAGCAUUAUAGAGAAAUGUGGGAGAAAUCAAUGAAAGGUCUGUUAAGCUUGAUUAGGAGAACAACACCAUCAUCAUUUGCAUAUAUUUGUGAGAAGAAUGGCGAUUCUCUGUCAGACAAGAUGGAUGAAUUAGCCUGCUUUGCUCCAGGAAUGCUAGCUUUAGGAUCGUCUGGUUAUGGUCCAGAUGAAUCUAAAAAAUUCUUAUCACUUGCAGAAGAGCUGGCCUGGACCUGCUACAACUUCUAUCAGUCAACGCCAACAAAAUUGGCUGGAGAGAAUUAUUUCUUUCAUCCUGGGGGGGACAUGAGUGUGGGUACAUCAUGGAACAUUUUGAGACCUGAGACGGUUGAAUCACUCUUUUACCUCUGGCGUGUUACUGGGAACAAGACAUACCAAGAGUGGGGUUGGAAUAUAUUUCAAGCCUUUGAGAAGAAUUCCCGCAUAGAGUCUGGAUAUGUCGGACUGAAAGAUGUUAAUACUGGUGUCAAGGACAAUAAGAUGCAAACCUUCUUUCUUGCAGAGACUCUCAAAUAUCUCUAUCUUCUUUUUUCACCCCCUUCAGUCAUCUCAUUAGAUGAAUGGGUUUUCAACACAGAAGCUCAUCCUUUGAGAAUUGUGACCCGAGAUGAUGGGGAAAGUUUUGGAAAAUCAGAUGGGAAACCUAGACCAAUGGGUAGAAUACGUGGCAGGAAAGAAGGUCGAUCCGAUUAAUUAUUACGAAUAAGUAACUCUUUAUUAGUUUUGGUCGAACCCUUUCUGUAAUUUCAGCCUCUAAGGAGAUGGAGAGCUAAAGAGUUCAUUCAAUGUCUAUUGACAUUGGAUGUCAGCUGUUCCUCCUACAAAGAAAAGUGCAGCUCAACAAUUUCCACUUGUUGGUAGUUGUAUUCUAUAGUAAGAUUUGGGGCCGCCUUUGUAGAAUGAUGGAUUUGUAACAUAGGAAAUAGGUCAUUGUCUACAGUUACUGUAAUAUGUUUGAUGAAUAGGGGGGAUGUCUUUUUGAUGGAUAGCCAUUUGUAACUUUUAGAAGACAUCUUUACUGUCCUUUUCCUUGCUUUUCUGAAUAAGUCAUUUGGUGAUAUUUGCGGGAUUAAGUUGUUGGUCUCAUUUUGAGGCAGAUGGGUAAAACAUAGCUACAUGUGUCAGAUCCAUAUUAGAAUGAUUCAAGAGCUUUAAGAAUUCUCUUUUUACCUGAUUCA